AUGGCGGCGCCGCGCUCUGCCCGCCCGCCCGCCGCCAUGGCGGGGCCGCCGCCGCUCCUCGUCCUGCUCCUGCUGCUCCCGGUGGCGCCGGCGGGAGGCGGCGCGGCACCCGCCUGGGACGAGGCCGGGUACCUGCUCUACUGUCCCUGCAUGGGUCGCUUCGGUAACCAAGCCGAGCACUUUCUGGGAGCCCUGGCCUUCGCCCGCGCCCUCAACCGGACCCUGGCCGUGCCUCCCUGGAUCGAGUACCGGCACCACCGCCCGCCCUACACCAACCUGCACGUCCCCUAUUCGGAGCACUUCAGGCUGGAGCCGCUCCGGCGGUACCACCGCGUGGUGAGCCUGGAGCAGUUCAUGGAGCAGCUGGCGCCCCGGCACUGGCCGCCCGGCAGGAGAGUCGCUUAUUGCUUCGAGGCUGCAGCGCAGCGGAGCGCGGACAAAAGCACGUGUCCCAUGAAGGAUGGAAAUCCGUUUGGUCCCUUCUGGGACCAGUUCCAAGUGGAUUUUGAUAAGUCUGAGCUCUUCAAGGGCAUUUCCUUCAGUCCUGCAUACAAGGACCAUUGGAUCCAAAGGUUUCCAGCCUCUGAGCACCCCGUUCUCGCCUUACCUGGAGCUCCAGCCCAGUUUCCUGUCCUGGAGGAGCACCGGCCCCUGCAGAAGUACAUGGAGUGGUCGGAUGCAAUGGUGAAGAAGGGAGAAGCCUACAUCCAGUCCCUGCUGCUCCGGCCCUACGUGGGAAUUCACCUGAGGAUCGGCUCCGACUGGAAAAAUGCCUGCAACAUGUUAAAGGAUGGGACAGCCGGGCCACACUUCAUGGCCUCACCGCAGUGUGUGGGCUACGACCGCAGUGCUGCGGUGCCUCUCACCAUGGACAUGUGCCUGCCAGACCUCCGAGAGAUCAAACGGGCUCUCAAGCUCUGGGUGGCAAAGAUUGAAGCUAAAUCUGUUUAUAUUGCUACUGAUUCCGAGCCCCACACAACAGAAAUACAGCAGUUUUUCCAGGAAAAGCUCAAGGUUGUCAGCUUGCAGCCAGAAGUGCCUCAGGUUGAUCUGUACAUCCUUGGCCAGUCUGACCACUUCAUUGGGAACUGUGUUUCUUCCUUCACUGCCUUUGUGAAAAGAGAACGUGACAUCCAUGGGAAACCCUCCUCGUUUUUUGGCAUGGACCACCCACCGAGGCUGCGGGAUGAGUUCUGACCAGAGGAGGAAGAGGCUCCGUGGUUCCAGGGCUCUGAGCUGGGUCCUUGGUGCUGCAGCAUUCCCUGUGGGAGAGCUCCUGCCCUCCAAUGCUCCUCACAGUCCCUUCCAGACUGCUCUGUCUGAUCUCUCCUGUGUUUCCAGUGUGAGCUCAGACAGAAAUUUAAAUCAUGUAGUUUAUAGGAAACUAUAAACUAUAUAUAGUUUUUUAAGAUGUAGCUUUUAUAGCUCUCCAUUCUUCCUACUUGGGAUUCACCAGCAAUCAUGAUGGAGCAGCUGCUCAGAUUUCCUCCUC